CCCGCCGGCCAGCACUCUUUGCCCAGCGCGACCUCAGGAGCUGCUGCGCUUGCAAGCCCAGCCUCUCUGCGCCGGAGACCGCCAAGCCAACUGGCGCCGCACAAACACUGGGUAGGACAGUGGCCGGCUCGCGGAAAGGGGCGGGCCUGAGCAGCACCGCCUGCCAAGGUGGGAGGGGUGCCUGGAGCCUCGAGUGGGUGCGUGUUUCCGUGCGUGGGGCUAUUGGAGCAGCACAGACGCCAACCAAAUCGCUGACACCACCGCGCAGCUAUGAGCUCAGCAGCCAGCGGAAAAUCAGCAAAGCGAACGUGCACCUCGCGCACUCGCGCACCAGUGAGAUCAUCGCGGAAUCAUUUGCGCGCGCACACACACAGCCCAGAAAGCUACAGGAAGGUCACGUGAAACUAUCUGCAGGGGGGUGGGGGGGAUGAAAGGACAGCUUGUGCUUGGUGGCUAGGAAAAUACCCCACCCUUUCCCGAAAUGCCCCGGAAGUGCCUUCGCCCUCAGUAAAGAUGGCUGCGGCAUUUGGCAGGAGGGAGGUGGGUCUGCGCCUGCGCAACAAGUUCGGCGGGGAAGAUGGCGGAUGACAAGGAUUCUCUGCCCAAACUUAAGGACCUGGCAUUUCUCAAGAACCAGCUGGAGCGCCUGCAGCAGCGAGUGGAAGAUGAAGUCAACACUGGUGUAGGCCAGGAUGGCUCACUCUUGUCCUCCCCAUUCCUCAAGGGAUUCCUGGCCGGCUAUGUGGUGGCCAAACUGAGGGCAUCAGCAGUACUGGGUUUUGCGGUGGGUACCUGCACUGGCAUCUAUGCAGCUCAGGCAUAUGCUUUGCCCAACGUGGAGAAGACAAUAAGGGACUAUUUCCGAUCACUGCGCAAGGGGCCUGACUAGCUCCAGAUCCCAUGGAGGAAAAA